ACCCGAGUUAAUGAAAUGUAUUCCAAGCAAUUCCAUCAUAAACGAACACCUCUUCUCAUACAACUGAAGAUAAGAGUCAUAAAACCAUGGAAGAAAACAGAGGAAAACCAAAGACACAAAAGAGAACAAAGAUUUUCAGCCAUGGAGUUAUUCACAAUCCACCUCCCUCUAAACCAACAAAUCCCACAUUCAAAAACUCACAAAACCCUCCAAUCCUCAAAAACCCAUCUUCCAGAAACCCCAAUUUCAAUCACAUUAUCACCCAAUUCUUCAAUUACUACAAAAAGAACCCUCAAUCUCUCAAUUUUUGCCCUCAUUGUAUCAUCUUCUCUCCCAUUUACUACUCCCAAUGCAAUUGCUGAUAACACCCCAGAAGAAUCAGAAUUUCAACUUGAAAGAUUCACAGAUUCCGAGCAGGGUUUCACUCUUCUUAAACCUUCCUCCUACAUUAAGGUGGAUAAAGCAGGAGCCACUGUGUUGUUUGAGGAGGAGAAUAAAGGAGCAAACAAUGUAGGAAUAGUGGUGAACCCAGUUCGAAUUACAAGCCUCACUGAUUUUGGGACUCCUCAAUUUGUGGCUGACAAGCUCAUUAAAGCUGAAAAACGCAAGGAAAGCACAAAUGAUGCUCAAGUGAUUGGAGUAGCAGAAAGACCUGGCCUUGAUGGGUUACCAGUAUAUGAGUUUGAAUAUGUAGUUGAUAGCUCAAGAGGAGGAAUGAAAAGGAUAUUCUCUGCUGCAUUCGUCUGUAGAAAGAAACUCUACUUGUUAAACAUUUCUCAUGCCGACAAGCCAGAGAGUCCUCUUGACAACAAUACCAGAACUAUGCUCGAACAAGUUCUUCAUUCCUUCGAUGCUGCUCCUUCCACAUAAACCUUGCUUGCAGCUUUGCAGGAUGAAUUGGCUGCUGUCGAGGAGAAAGGUUGGGCAACAACAAACGCACCACUUUGAGACUAUACUAACAUGUUUGGCUGCGAAACUAAGGCUUUGUUUGGUAGAAAGGAAUUGAAAGGAAAAGAAGAGAAAGGAAUAGAAAAAUAUGUGUUUUGUUGGAUUAUUGUGUACUAAGUGAUGCAAUCAGCUUAUUGUAGCUUAUUAUAGCAGCUGUAAUUUGUAGCUAACGGUUGCUGACUCAUCACCACAUCAGCAUAACAGAUUCACUAGCAAUCAGUUACACAUUGUAACAACUUUUAGUACAUUCUAGAAUUAUGCUAAGCUAUAAAUACUACUUGUAAUAAGCUUGUGAUUAUCAAUCAAUACAAUCUCUAAAUUCUGUUUUUCUUCCCCAAA